CGUGAAUACUUCUACUACAUCGACCACCAGGGACAGCUUUUCCUGGACGAUGCCAAGGUGAAGAAUUUCAUCACCUGCUUCAAAGUUUACCCAGUGGUCCCCAGUCCGCCCGGCUAAAGGCAUCGCCACCGGCCCCCGUCCAAACCGGCUGAGGACUCGCCACCUCCGCCGGGAAGCCUCCCACCUGCACCGCAGUCCUUCCCCAUGGGCCGGAGGAAGCCCCGUCACUCAGGACAGUGCCUGGCACAUGCAGCGCGUCUACCAUGGCCCCCGGGGAGUCCAAAGCGCUCCCCACGCUCUUCCCGCUGCUGGGCUUCCUGCUGCUCCGGGGCCAGGCCUGCCCCGCGCCCUGCCGCUGCUACGGCACCACCGUGGAGUGUGGCUCUCUGGGCCUGCGGGACGUCCCCGCGGGGAUCCACCCUUCCACCCAGACGGUGUUCCUGCAGGACAACGGCAUCCGGCAGAUCCAGCGUCGGGAUCUGGAGCGCCUGCCGGCCCUGCGCUACCUGUACGUCCAGAACAACAGCAUCUGGGCCCUGGAGGCCGGGGCCUUCCGCGGCCAGCGGCGCCUGCUGGAGCUGGCCCUCGACGCCAACCGCGUCCACCUCCUCCACGGCGGCGUCUUCAAGGGCCUGGACCGCCUGCGGGUGCUCUACCUGGCCGGGAACCACAUCACCCGGCUCCUGGACUUCACCUUCCAUCACCUCCGGAGACUGCAGGAGCUGCACCUGCAGAAAAACAGCAUCGAGAUGGUGGAGGAGCAGGCGUUGGCGGGGCUGUCGUCCCUGGCCCUGCUCGACCUGAGCGAGAACCGCCUGCGCACCAUCAGCCGCGCUGCCCUGCGUCCUCUGGCCAGCCUGCAGGUCCUGCGCCUCACAGAGAACUCCUGGCGGUGUGACUGCGCUCUCCACUGGCUCCGCGGCUGGAUCGAGGAGGAAGGCCAGCGGCUGCUCAGCCCCCUGGACAAGAAGAUCGUGUGCUCGGAGCCUCCCCGCCUGGCCCGCCGCAGCCUGCCGGACGUCUCGGCCAACAGCCUGGUCUGCAUCCCCCCCGUGGUGCAGGUGGAGCCGCUGGAGGUGGCCGCCCGCCUAGGGGAUGACCUGAGGGUCUCCUGCCGGGCCUCCGGCUACCCCCAGCCGCUGGUCACCUGGAGGAAGGUGGCGGCCCCCUCCCGGGCCGGGGAGCCCAAGGCCAGCGCCCGGCCGGCCGGCCGGGCCCCGGGGCCGGGGGAGCGCCCGGACGCGGACACGGGCAGCGGCAUGCUGUUCCUCACCAACGUCACGGCGGCCCACGCCGGCAGGUACGAGUGCGAGGCCUCCAACCCCGGGGGCGCCGCGCGGGUCCCCUUCCGCCUGCUGGUCGCCCCGUCCCGCCAGCGGCCCCCCGGGCCCGCCUCGGUGGCCGGCGGCCGGGAGGCCCCGUACCCGGCGGAGAGCUUGGACUUCCGCGCCCUGGGCCCGGCCGCCCGGGCCGCCGUGGCCGUGGGCAUCUCCCUGCUGGCGCUCACCGCCCUGCUCCUGGGGGCCGUCAUCUGCCGCAAGCACCGCAGGCGGAAAGGGGCCCGCCGGGAGGAGGGCGUGCUCUACGUCAACGACUACUCGGACGGGCCCACCACCUUCGCCCAGCUGGAGGAGUACCGAGACGAGCGGGGCCACGAGAUGUUCGUCAUCGACCGCAACAAGCCCCUCUUCGACGCCUACGAGGACGCCGCGGAGGGCCCGGCCCCGGGGGCGGCGGGGGAGCCCGGUAGACCCUUCCCCGACCAGGGGCUCCCCUCCCGGCCCCGGGUCGCCUACGAGAUCCACUGCUGAGGCGUCGGGGAGGGACCCGCGGGACUUCCCGCCACCCUCCCCGGCUUUCCGUUUCCGACAGGGAUCGCCGGAGGCGGCCCGGGUGCGCCGUCUCCUCGGAGGCCCGGCGGUCCCCGGGGUCACCGCCCUCCGGGCCAUCAUGGAGCUGAAGCUUCGUCGUCCGGCCCCGGCAGCGGGAGAUGGGAGCCCCCCGGGACGAUAUUCCCGGCCCACCUCAGUGGGGCUCGAGGGGAAGCCUCGGUCAGGAGCGUUGCGUCCGGCCUCCAGAGUGGAGUCCGGGGCCGCCGUCCCGUCGGACGGACAAGGCCGAGAGCUUCGGCGUCUCCCCGGCUGACCACGGAGGCCCUUCGAAGAGCCUUUGCUUUCUCAGCUUCUCCUAAGGGUGGAAACGGGCCCCAUUUGGAUAGUCACGGGCUCCGCGGGGCCUUCCCGGCUCCGGAGCCAUCCAGGCUGGGGCCCAGGCUGGCUUUUUCCACUCCAGCCGGAGCCACUGGCCCAAUCCCCAAAUAAAGAGGCCCUGACGUCAA